AUGGACGAUUAUCAUGUUCUUGGUAUCAUAGGGGAGGGCUCGUUCGGUAAAGUCUUUAAAGGACGUAAAAAAUACACCGGUCAGGUGGUCGCAAUGAAAUUUAUUCCUAAGAUUGGACGCAGUACUAAGGAACUGAUGAAUUUACGACGCGAAAUAGAGAUAAUGCGAAAUCUAUCGCAUAACAACAUUAUUGCCUUACUAGAUUCCUUUGAAACGAAUAAGGAGAUAUGUGUUGUGACAGAAUAUGCUGAUGGUGAGCUCUUUCAAAUUCUAGAAGAUGAUAAUCGUCUAAUGGAAGAUCAGAUUCGUACUAUCGCUAAGCAGUUGGUAUCUGCAUUAUAUUAUCUGCAUUCCAAUCGUAUAUUGCAUCGCGAUAUCAAACCUCAAAAUAUUUUACUUUGCAAGAAUGGAAUCAUUAAGCUGUGCGACUUCGGAUUCGCUCGUGCUAUGAGUAUUAAUACAUUCGUUUUGACGUCCAUAAAGGGUACACCAUUGUAUAUGUCUCCCGAAUUAGUAGAAGAGAAACCGUACGAUUAUAAGACCGAUUUAUGGUCAUUAGGGUGUAUCUUAUAUGAAUUACACAAGGGUGAACCGCCAUUUUAUACUAACAGUAUAUUUCAGUUAGUUAGUAAGAUUGUGAAGGUAGACUUAAAUGCGAUGCACAGAAUAACUACUGACUUUUUACAAGGUUUAUUGCAGAAAGAUGCCGGACUUCGCCUUAAAUGGCCAGAUUUAUUGUGUCAUCCAUUCUUGCAGUUUGAAAAUGGUUAG